CAUCUAUUCUAGAAAAGAAUAAAAAGGAAGGGGCAUCCCGGAAGAUCGGGGAUACUUGGAUGAAAAGGAAGACGGACACUGAAUAGUACAGAUGCAAUAAAGGUAGUUUGAUUUUGCAAACACUCACAAGCCGGGCUGGUGUGCGCACGCCUUCCUGUUUAGAGCACGGAACAUUAAUGCAUAAGCCCGGUUGCCUGAGCACCAUUCUCUACUAAUUUUCGUUGCUCGCUGGUUUACAGUGAAAGAAACUCAAAAGAAGUAGAGGCGUGGAAGCUUAUUUUCCCGUGGGCAUUUUUUCGUAGGCUGCUUCAGUCAACCAACCAGCUAGUGGGAAUUUAGAUUCGCUUAUUCAAUGAAGGGCUGAGCCCAGACCCUGGAGGCAGAGCCUUGCCUAGUACUGCAGCAUCAACACCCCUCUCUCUCUGCAAACACUGACACUAAGAGCUACAGAAGGGCAGAGACAACCUGAGAUUCCAGGAAGCUGCAAAAGCUGGAUGUGAGUACAAGACAGCAGCGGUUUAUUUGAUCCCCUACAACCUGCAGGCCGCCACUCAACCUCCAUUUGACUGCUGAGACACAAUGGGUUCGAACCCACGUUUCACUAUGCAGCUACACUUGCUCCUCUUAUUGUUAAACGUGGUGUCUAUCUCUUGUGCAGAUAUUUGUAAAAGUAGAGCGUUCACACAAAGUGGAGAGUGUUGCAAGAUGUGUGGUCCAGGAGAAGGAGUAGUACAGAGGUGUGGGGUCAACCAAACAGUAUGUGAGGCCUGCAUGGACAGUGUCACAUACUCGGAUGAUUUCAGCCACACAGCACCCUGCAAACCUUGUACAGAGUGUACUGGACUGAAGCGUAUGUUCAUUCCUUGUAUGGAGUCAGAGGAUACCAAGUGCCAGUGCACAUAUGGUUACUUUAUGAAUAGCAAGGGUCAGUGCAAGCCAUGCACAAAAUGCAACAAAGGUUACGGGUUAAUGUUUGCUUGCACAAAGACACAGGACACAGUAUGCGAGGAGUGUCCUGAUGGAACAUACUCAGAUGAAGACAGCAUCACGGAGCCUUGUAUGCCAUGCACUCUCUGUGAAGAUGAUGAAAAUAUGACGAAGAAUUGUACCAAAGUCUCAGACUCUGAAUGCGUUGGGAAAUCCUCAAAAAUGACUAUGAUGCCAACAUUAACAGAUGAUUCUAUUACAGCCUCAACAAAUCCUAAUCCCAGUGAUCGUAUACACCAGGCAACAACAGAUAUCUUGACAACUCCCAUCACAAGCUCCGGUCCUAUCACAAGUCCCGGCACAGCAGAGAAUCUCAUACCAGUGUAUUGCUCCAUUUUAGCAGCUGUAGUGGUGGGAUUGGUUGCUUUUAUUGCCUUUAAAGGUUGGAAUAACUGCAAACAAAAAAAGCAAGCAGCAAAUAACCGGACAGUGAACCAGACACCAUCACCAGAAGGUGAGAAACUGCACAGUGACAGUGGCAUCUCUGUGGGCAGCAAUGGUGAUAAUCACACCAUGGACAGCCACAGUCUGCAUGAUCAACAACAUCAGACGCAAGUGGUUGUGAAAGUGGACAGUGGCCUGUACACAACAUUACCCCCACACAAGCAAGAAGAGGUGGAGAAACUCCUGGAUAACUCAGAAGAAGAUGUUUUUCGUAACCUGGCAAGUUUGCUGGGAUACAAAUCUGACCACAUAGACAAUUUCUCACAAGACGACCAUCCCGUCCGUGCUUUGCUUUCUGAUUGGUCCAGCAAAGACACUUCUACAAUGGAUACUCUGUAUAAUGCUCUGAAGAAAAUUCAGCGGGAUGACAUUGUGGAUACUCUCAACAGCGAUUCAACUGCUACAUCUGCUUUGUGAAAACUGAAUGUAGCUCUGCUGAAGGGCUGGCCUCAAGAAUGAUUUCAUUAGUGCUUCUUUUUUUGAGGACCACUGCAAAGACUAAGUAAUAUGAAGGAAAAUGGGGUUAGCCUUCAGGUCCCCCAUUGUUAUGAACAGUAAUGUAUGCACUGAUGCAUUCUUUUCAGUAUUGAUCUGCAUUUCUUUCCAUCUCUGCGUCUACUUCCCUUGUUCCACCUUCAAUUUAACCUAUACGGACUAAAAUGCCAAAGCAAAAGAAAAACACAAAGCGCUUACAUGUGUUUCUUGUGGUCACUUCAUAAAAUGAUGGCUUGACCACUUGCAGAUGUCAAAGCUUGUGUCUGUGCUUUGACAGUGUAUACAGUCAAGUUGUGUGUAUGUGUAGGUUUGAAUGUUUGUGGGAGUGCAUGCGUUUACCAUAAUGGUGGAUGUUAUGUGUUCUCUGCAUAAGUAAAUGCAUUUGGCAGCUUUUUCUCUCUUCUCUUUUUAUGCUUGUGUGAAAGCAUCCUUGAAUAUAAUAUAUGUUACUUAAAGUAACCCCGACCACCUCCCCACAUACAAACAGAUAAGGUUGCUCCUCCUUAUUAUGCACUUUUCUGGACAAGGGAUAGGUCAGCCAGUAGCAUCAGGAUAUGUAUGGCUUUGCUAUUCCCUAGGUACAUGUCAUAGGCAGUCUCAUCAUGCAAACUGCCUGUUUUCCUGGUUACAAAUACUGUGAAUAAAUGACUUAUUUCUUUGUUAUGUCUACAGAAAUUUGAGUUUGUCAGGUCCUUUAUAUGGUGGGUUGGAAAAUUGAUUGUUUGCCCACAUGUUGCAGAAAGCUGAUAGCUUUCUGAUACUAAUCUCUGCAGUUUGACAGGUUAUUUCUAUGUAACAGGGUACACUGGUAGUGCAAGCCUCAAACGGAGUGCAGUUAAGGCACCCCAAAACUAUGAUUAUUCAACUGAUGUAAUAUACAUCAGCUGUCUCGCUGAUUUUAGCUUACAAAUCUUGAUAUUUUUCCCUAACUCCCCAGGCUAAACAUUUCACGGUAGUUUUUCUUUUAUAGUUUUGCGCUCAUUUAAAAGAUUAAAUCAUUAAUUUUACUAUCAGGUAAUGCAACAUAUUAAAUGACGACUUAUUCUGAAUUGCUAAAAAGCAAGCUUUUGCGUCCUGUGGAUCCUAUAUAUUUUUUUUCAGUCUUACUAUAGCAGAACAGUAGGAAGAAGAGCAGACCAAGCGCCUUGGUUAGGCAUCCGUUUCAAAUGUCAAGAUGCAAUGUGGUGAGUGCUGAAACAGGGAGACCGAAAGGCUGAAAAAAAACUUAAAUCUACUGUUUGAGACUUGACAGGUGUGCGCGUGUGUGUGUGUGGGGGGGGGGGGGCUUGCCCACCCUGCCAAAAAGAAGUUUAAAGGGGAAGAUUGAGGUUGAAGAUUCACUCCUUUCCUGAAUUUAUAUGUUUUUUUUUUUUUGGCAUGCUGGCAAUAGACAUUUUUGUGCUGACAUUUCAAUAUGGAGUCCCUCAGUUAGGCUUUAUACAUCAGCUAUUGCGGCCUAGUACCAAUGGAUUGCUGUCUCUGUGUUCAGUUUCUUUCAUUAACCUUCCUUUCUUAAUCAAUGUGCUGUUAACACAAACAUAGCCAAGUAUUUCCGUAUGAGACCCUUGUAGAUAGACAAAACAGAGUUUGAUCUGCUUUAUGUCAUACAAUGUCAUGAACCUCCACAGUCAUUCCCAUCUUCACUGUAUAAAAAAAGCAAAUAAUAAAUCCUGGAUGGGAUGCCAGUUCAUCUCAGUACCUUGGUUUAAAAUGACUCACCAAAUAUAUUUUACUGAAUAGUGUUUUAUUGGAAUUUUUCAUAGUGGGGUGGAAUGCCCUCCAGACUCCAAAUUGGGAGUGACCUAUUACUUCCAAUACACAUAACCUACUCCAAACCCAUAGUACCUCAGAUUACAUGAUAUUUCAUGCUGACUAACAGAUGUCUUGAUGAAUCUAAUUUGGUGAGUCACAUUUUGCUUAAUCAUCUCCAACCAUUCACCAUUCCACAUUAGCAUACAAACAUUCAGGCAGAAGAAGGCAUAUCAUUUGCUGAGUCUUCUUGAAUGCUGCAAUUAUAUCUCAUGAAGUAGCCCCUCACCCAGUACCCCCACCCCUUUUCUAUCUCUAAAAAUCCUACUUUUACUAAUAUUUCAUCAGCAAUAUGUUCCUAGGUCUCAUUCUGUCUCUAUCUCUCUCUGUGCAUAUAUAUAUAUAUAUAUAUAUAUAUAUAUAUAUAUAUAUA